CGCCCACUGCACGGGCACAAAGCAAGCUAAACCCAGCUUCAGUUUUUAUUUUUUUCAGCUUCUUGUCAUCACCGUCAGAAGCAAAUAAUUGUUUAAGAACACCGAUUAUAACCCAAUUUUCAUUGUCUUUUUAUAUAUUUCGACCCUCCGUUUGUUUGCCUGGAAAACCUGGGAAAACAUAAAAGUUUCAAUAUUUGUUUUGUUCUGGGUUAGAAAUUUCCUGACUCUUUUUUUAAAGAACAGGAUUAUAACAACGGCUUCUGAUAGGCUCUGAUUUAUUGUUGUUUACCUUCGCUUUACUCAGCUAGAAUGAUUCGAACGACAUGGUUCGACAAAAUCAGUAUCGCCUCCUGCUUGCAGCUUCAUGAUGGAUUAGCAGCAAGUCUAAACCUGUUCUAGGAGGAUAAUGGAAAACCGCUGUGGCCAAGCAUUUGAUUCAGAUGAGAGCGAAAAGUGUCUGCAAAUUGAAAGUUAUGUCGAGCAUGAAUUUGGCGAUGAUGACCUUUCCAAAAAUGCUGAUCUAUGUAUGGGUAAAGUUGAUAAAAUUAUAGAACAGCCGCAUGAAAGCUCAUCCUUAAUAGACAAUGUCUUAGAACCAUAUGUUGGCAUGGAGUUCGAUUCCAGAGAUGAUGCUCGAGAAUUUUAUAUAGCUUAUGGCAGGCGUACUGGGUUUACUGUACGCAUUCAUCAUAAUCGGAGGUCACGAAUAAAUAACAUGGUUAUUGGUCAAGAUUUUGUUUGUUCAAAAGAAGGUUUUCGUGAAAAGAAGUAUGUGUACAGGAAAGAUAGAGUUCUUCCUCCACCGCCUAUCACCAGAGAAGGCUGUGCCGCGAUGCUGAGGCUAGCUUUAAGGGAUGGAGAAAAGUGGGUCGUCACAAAAUUUGUAAAGGAACACAAUCACACAUUAUUAUCUCCAAGUAAAGUUCCGUGGCGAGGAUCUGGAAAAAAUAUGAUAAGUGAGGAUGAGAAGGAUCAAAGAAUUCGAGAGCUGACACUUGAACUUAGCAAUGAGAGGCAACGAUGUAAACGUUUGUGUGCGGCUUAUCAGGAACAAUUACAUAUGGUGUUGAAAUAUAUUGAGGAGCACACCGACCACAUGGAAAGAAGAGUGCAAGAUAUAGUUCAGAACGUGAGGGAAAUUGAGAAUGAGCAGCAGGGGGAAUCUACAUUUUUAUAGAAUUUAGAAUUUGUACAUGUGUCCUUUUGAUUUCGAUUGACCCCGAUAUCACCAAUUUCAAGUACAUUUACUUUGGGCUAUUCCAUGUAGACUUUGAUGAACACUCGAGGAUGAAUGAUGUCCAUCCGGUGAUGGUUUUUA